AUGGGAAAGACUCGCGUUAUCUCGAAAGGUUACCGCCAUGGCACGCGCGACAAGUACUCGAAGAAGUACAGGACAAAGGGCAGACCUGGCAUCGCCCGCUACCUGGUGAACUUCAAGCGGGGCGACUAUGUCGACAUCGUUGCAGACCCAUCCAUCCAGAAGGGCCUGCCUUACUCCUUGUACCACGGCCGGACCGGAAUUGUGUUCAACGUGAACCGCAACGCACUCGGCGUCGAGAUCACCAAGAUCGUGGGAAACCGCCAGCUGCGAAAGCGCAUCCACGUGCGCAUCGAGCAUGUGCGCAAGUCCCGCUGCAACGAGGCUUUCCUCCAUCGUGUCAAGGACAAUGACAAGAAGAAGCAGGCGGCGAAGCUCGAGGGCAAGAAGCUUGUGUGCAAGCGAGUUCCGGAGGGACCGAAGCCGAUGAAGACGGUGACCGCCUCCCCCGAAGAUGUGGAGGUGCUUGCGCCCUUGCCGUUCGUGGAGAACUACUUCUGA